AUGAAUACUGAACACAUUGAUAUUCCUGUUACUCUGUCGCCGAACUAUUCUGGCGCAUGUACACAUGGAUCAAUGACAAAUGAAGAACUUAUGAAGCUUACUGAUCAACAACGUUGCAUGAUUAAUGGAAGAGCUCUUUUUGCUCUUAAGUACCGAGUCAUUCCGUGCGCAGUUAAUGAAAAGCAUCAUGCAAGUGUAGAACAAAUGUUUUUUGCCAAUUAUAACAAUGAUCAAUCUUCCGGUAGUCCACGAGGAAAAUCGUCUGGAAAACACAAAGAACCAGGCAUGUACCAUACGGCGAGUGUUAUACGCUUUCUUGUCAACGAUUACAAAUUAGAUCCGAACACAUUCGUCUACACCUGGAGUUAUGAUGUAUUUCAUCAAAAAUCUAAUAUGUCCCAGAUCUACAUUGACUUAGGAAAUUAUCUCUCAGUACAAUUCAGUUCAGAAUUUACAAGUUCUGCGAAUGUCGAUAAUCCAAACAACCUCGAGCCAGAUCACGAAGACCAAGCCUUCGAUUGCUUUAUGUCUGUUAUGAUCUUCCAUGUGCCACAGACAGCAGAACGUGCGCGAAUCUUACUGAAACAAUUGACAAACUUCCAAAUAUUUCCAUUAACUGAAGCCACUCUACACAUGGUCUGUCACAAUGCUCAGCGUGGUUUCUACACUUCACCGAUACGUAUGAAAAAGCCUCAUAUAACCGAUCUCAAACUUCAUUAUGGAGAGAACUUUUUGGAUAUUCACAAGGAGCUUCUUGAAACUCUACAAGAAAAAGAUUCUACUGGUAUAACAUUGCUGCACGGGCCUCCCGGUACAGGCAAGACCUUUUAUUUACGAUAUUUAAUCAACGAAAUUCAAGGCAAACAUGUAAUUUUUGUUCCACCUGAUCUCGUUAACGAUAUGACAAAGCCCGAUUUCCUACCAUUUCUCAUGCGACAUCCAAAUUCAGUUCUGAUUAUCGAAGAUGCUGAGAAUAUUGUCCGUGAUCGAAGUCAAGCGAGCCUUCUGCCGAACCAGGCCGUCUCCAACCUAUUGAAUAUAUCUGAUGGCUUACUCGGCGAUGCCAUGCACCAACAAAUCGUUUGUACGUUUAACUGUGAUUUUAAAGGCAUCGACCCUGCUCUUCUACGUGAUGGACGACUCGUCAUUGAACAUAAAUUUGAUAAACUAAGUAUAGAAAAUGCUCGCCGUCUGUGCGUGGAAUUGAAUAUACCUGGCAAUGGGGACGAUAUUCAUGAAUCAAUAUCCUUGGCUGAGAUUUAUGCACGAGAAAAUGCAUCAGUAGAAACGCCGUCGAAUGAUCUUGGAAAUGGAGAGGCAACUCCUAAGAAUAAACGACGGUUUCACAAAACGACAAAGAAGCCAGAUACAUUUUUUGGUUUCUAUUCUUAG